AUUUCGUUACGUUCACUCACGUGACGUACUGGGGAACAGAGGUAAUGCCGAAGGUUUUUCCAUUCCUGGAUCUGGACAACAUUGCCCAUGUUGCGCAGCGUCGACAGCAGCGCUGAACCUCAUCUGGAGCAUUCAUACACAUAACACGCCCUACUCGCCCUGUGUAUGCUUUGAUAAAUUAUUUUACUAUUCAUUAUUUCUUUUGGUAUAGUAGAAGGUGGCUACUGUUGCCCCUUGAGGCGCGACUGCUCGGUAUUAUGUCUGUGACUGUUCACUCUCUGAUAGUUGAGCCUGAUGAUUUAAUCCCGAGGGGGGGACAUGCCGAAGGUUCUGACUUGGGGCAACUUACUCCUUGGGUAUUCGAACAUGCCGAUAUCGCCGAUAGUGAUUGCACCGAAUUUUGGCCUCAUGAAAGAGAGGACUUCAGGGAUUUCUUCUGGCUUCUUAAUUCAUACUACGAUGAGCUGAAUGAAGCCAGUGAAAAGAAUAUCACACAUGCCUUGAAAGUAACCGAGACGAUCACACUCCCGAAGAAAAAUUGGAAAGUCUCUAGAAGAGAGUACUUCGCCAACUUAAUGAGGUCGCAAGGUAUGCUACUGAGGGUAUUAGUGCAAACAGUCUAUCGUAAGCUUAAAGAUCAUGGAUUGGAGACUCAACUUCACUUCCCUGUGUCAAAAUUUAAACAAACAUAUGUUAUUGGCGGGGAAAGGUAUGCUUCCAGACCAGACGGAGCAGCUAUGGUUGGUCCACAAGAGCGACGUUUGCCUAUCCUCUCCUUUGCUGGUUGGUAUGAAGGGCAGACAUGGGGUGAAUUUCUAGCAGAAAUUCUUAGUAUAAUGCUGGGGCAGCUUGCAAGAAAUCGCAACGUAGAUUCCCGAGACCAGGAAGCCUUUAUUAUUGGAUUCCAUGGGCGAUGUAUCUAUAUUGCCCGUGGAUAUUUUACGAGUGAGUUAAUUUCGCGGGCACAUCUCAAAGGCUGCACAGAAGAUGAGACUAUCGAGAUACAAUUCACACGAGGCUAUGAUCUCUCAUUGAAGGAAGACUGGCUUGAGGCUAUAAAUACACUAGCCAGGCUACUCCGAUAUCUUUCUAAGCGGAAACGCUGAGAUGAAGACCUCAUAGGCCUAUAUGCAUAUUCCUUCCAGUCCUAACGCAUGUAUCUAAAUUGUUGUC